CACUCCUGAGGAUUCAAACAGUCCUUUCUCCAGGGAGAAGACUGAAGGAACUGUUCAGCUGCCUCUUCUGAGACUCUGCUUCAAGGGGAGCAAGAGCCCUUCACUGAAAUCCUCCCACCAUGCUGGGGCUGCUGCUGCUGCUGCAGGUGUUGGCGAGCUGCCUCUGGCUGGGACACAGCAAGGUGGUGCCAACCUUUAAAACUCCAUGUAGUCAGGUUUUCUAUAAGGAUACCCCACCAAGUGAUUCCCUGCGCCCCACGAACGCAGCCAGGAUCUGCCAGUUCUAUGGAAACAAGAAUCGUUUUUCCACCCUGUAUGACAGAACCAAUAGAAUUCCAGUGUACUCUGCUUACAUCUACCAGCCUGGAAAAGGAGGCAGAUCUGACUCAUGGUUUGUUGAGCCCCAGCUGAUCAACCAAAAGUAUGGCGCGGAUAUGGAUACAGAGGAUUCCAUCAAAAAAACCAAAGGGAUCAAUUCAGCAGAUAUUGGCAAGAAUCAGGCUAUUGAUCAAGACUACAGUGAUGCCCAGGGUCUGGACCGUGGUCACUUGUGUCCCAGUGGCCACCAAACUGGCGAUGGCAAGACGGCUACCUUCACCCUCACCAACAUAGUGCCCCAGUACAGCACACUCAACCAGGGUGCCUGGAAGCACUACGAGGACACAACGAUGGCCCAGAAAACCAAGGGCUGUGACAAAACCUAUGUCAUCACGGGUGCUGUACCUGGGAAGACCAAGGUCCCCAGUGGGAGGGUAAAUAUACCCAGCCACAUCUGGUCAGCUGCCUGCUGCCUGAAGGGCAACAAGCCCAUAAAGGCUUGGGGAGCCAUCGCUGAGAAUGAGAGGAACAAGAACCAUGUGAGGAACCUCGAGCUGUGGGACCUGGAGAACAGGUUGGCCGGGCUGUAUGGUGGGAGAGGGGUUACUCUGUUCAAAAAUUCCUGUGCCUAGGAAUAAGACUCGCAUCCUUGAUCGAAAAGGCUCAGGAGUUUUUCCCACAUAUCACAGAGUCACAGUAUCACAGAAUCACUGAAUGGGUUGGUUUUGAGGGGACCUUACAGCCUUCAAGAUCAUCUCAUUUUCACCUGCCUGCCAAGGACAGGGACACCUUCCUUGUUCCAAGCCCUCCCCAGCCUGGCCUUGAACACAUCCACGGAUGGGGCAGUCAGAACAGCUCUGGGUAACUUUUGCUCUAUAUACCACAGCCUGCUCCCAGCAAUUUGCUUCUUUAGAAUAUCCCAUCUAACUCUGCCCUCCAUCAGUGUGAAACCAUUCCCUCUUGUCCUGUCACUCCAUCCCCUUGUCCAAAGAGCCUCUCCAGCCCUCUUAGACAUCCUGUAGGUACUGGACUCUCUGGAGUCUCCUCCAGGCUGAACAUGCCCAGCUCUCUCAGCCUCUCUCCAGAGCAGACAGGCUCCAGCCCUCAGAGCACCUUCAUGGCCUGCACUGGACUCCACUCCAACAGCUUUGGAUCCUUCUGGAGCUGUGGGCCCCAGAGCUGGAGGCAGCACUGCAGCUGGGCUCUCAGCAGAGCAGAGCACAGGGGGACAAAUGUCCUGUG